UAAAUCUGAAGAGGUUCAGAGAACGGAUCGUCUUCUCUGUCAAGCAUAGGUUAUUCCUCGUGAUACCACAAUGUUCAGUGCAUGGGCGCAUUCAUAUUCUACAGCGCGGAUGGUUUGACGGAGGAUUUUUGUUUGCAGGAUAGCUUGACCGCAGUAGAUUUUGCAUCGUGAGCCAUGGCACGAGUUUUUCAGCAAAAGUAAUCUGAGAAGAACGAGGUUAGAAAUAGGUUAAAAUGGGCGGCACACUUCUGCCUGCGUGAAAGUCGUUACAUGGACUGUACUGGUGAAAAGUUAUACGGCAGAUGGGGGAAGCAGACAAAGAGGAAAAAAUGUAAACGACAGUCUGUUUUAACAUAAUACUGUCUCUUGCCAUCGCAAAGGGAUCUAUCUUAACAUAUCGACUGAAUAAGUGCCACAAACGUGGUACAAUUCUUCAAGAAAGGAUUUGCUAUGUCCAGUUUCCUGGGUGUGAGUGUUUGGUUCUUGCUUGUCCUUCACUAUGUGGCUGCAGUGAUGGACUGCCAUCCGGGUUGUCGCUGUGAAGUCGAGAGCUUCGGCCUGUUCCACAGCUUCAGCCUGACCAGGGUCGACUGCAGUGGGGUGGGCCGUGGUCAUGGCCUGGUGGUCCCCAUCUCCAUCCCCCUGGACACCUCCUCCCUGGACCUGUCCUCCAGCGCCAUCCACACCAUCGCUGACUCCAUGCUGUCUGGACCGGGCUACACCACGCUGGCCAGCCUGGACCUCAGCAACAACCUCCUCUCCAGGCUCAACAGCAGCAUCUUCUCCAGGCUGCGCUACCUGGAGACCUUGGACCUGAGCCACAACACCCUGGAGGAGCUGGCCCCCGGCUGCUUCUCUGGCUUGCCCCUGGCCGAGGUGGACCUGAGUGGCAACAGGCUCCAGGAGGUCAACCUGGAGGUCUUUUCCAACAAGGGCCACGGUGCUGGACCUCUCAAUGUGGACCUAUCUAACAACCUGCUGAACACUGUCACGACUAGGGAUCCACAGGUGCUAAGCCCUCCUAACAUUCAGAGCCUCAGUCUGGCAGGGAAUCGUCUGAGGGCCGUGCCCAAGCUGCAGGGCCUCCCUCUGAGGUCUCUGAGCCUGGACGGCAACCCCAUCCUCAGCAUCGAAAGGCACAGCUUCACAGGGCUAAGGGAUCUGGCUUACCUGUCUCUCAGUGGACUAUCUGAGCUCACCUCCAUCCAGCUCCAAAGUUUCAGUGAGCUGAGCAGCCUGCAGGUCCUGGACCUGUCCCACAACAGCAGGCUAAGACCACUUAACCCUGAGGUGUUUAGCGGACUGGCUGCCUUACAGGAGCUCAACCUGUCUAACUCAGGGGUGGUGUCUCUGCCCAGCAACAUUCUCCACCUCCUGCCCAGCAUCAAAAGCAUCGUUCUCAGGGAGAAGGUAAACUGUUGGAAGACCCAUAGACAGGUGCAGUUCCACAGACAGAUAGUAGGACAGUCAACAAGGGGGGAGAAAUUGACCUGUGAUGUCAUAGGAAUUGUUUUAUGAGUCUGCCGGCCUUAACAGGCUGGUCAAAAUGAAGAAGGUGGAGGAGCAGUGAGAGCCUCACAGUGAAAUCAGCUUAUACAGUAAUCACACUAUAUUUCAAAAUUCAGUCCUCAGAUUUGUGCAUCAUCAUCAAGGGUUGCACUCAAUUUCAAAAUAUAGCUUUUGUUUCACUGCUUCAAGGGAGUGUGCAAUAAAAUACCAGUGUAGAACAGUGGCCAUGGGCUAAUAAAUUAUGCUGGCAACUGAACUAACCAUCUUAAUAACAUGACGACGUGUGAUGAUUUACAAGGACAAAGUCAGAAAUGAUUACCUGAACUUGUUUUGUAGUUUUCAAUCCCUUUUCUAUUUUUUAACGAAUUCAACUGAACUAAAUAAUGACAACUCAUACAGUGUUAUGAUGCAUUAAUGUCCAUCAGACUUAUAAUGUAAUAAACUGUUUUAGAGGGCCUCAUAUUGUUAAACAUUACAACAAUUUCUGCUGGCAGAUAAUACCUUUUGAUUACUUGACAAAAAAUGUUUUUAAUAAUAUUAGAAUUUAUUAGAAUAUUAUAUGUUUUUGCAACAUUUUCUAUUGCCUUGGACAUAUAUUGUGUUGUGUAUAUGAAGUCUGUCAACUAUUGUUAAUGACUGAAACAGAGACAUGUAUUUUGAAUAAAAUGGAUGCA